GCCCGCUUCUUUGUCAUCAAGUCGUACACCGAGGACGACGUGCAAAAGUCGCUCAAGCACGAGGUGUGGUCGAGUACGGUGCUGGGCAACAAGCGUCUCGACAAUGCGUGGCGUGAGAGCCAUGACAAGGGACCUAUCUACCUCUUCUUCUCCGUCAACUCGAGUCGUAACUUCUGCGGUGUGGCCGAGAUGAUUUCAGGUGUCGACGAGACCAAGACGUCGGAUAUCUGGGCGACCGACAAGUGGAAGGGCCUCAUGAACGUCCGCUGGCGGUUCGUUCGCGACGUGCCGACCAGUGCUCUGAGGCAUCUGCGCCUCACCAAUACCCCGGACCGCAAGCCGAUCACGACGUCGCGAGACACCCAGGAAUUGCCUUACGAUAUCGGCUGCGAGGUUCUUCAGAUUUUCCUGGACCACCAGCACAAGUCGAAGACGAGCCUUCUCCAGGACUUUGCGUACUACGAG